GUAGGUGGCGGCAAUACAACGUUUUGGAAGUGGUGCUUCGUCAGACCCCAACAAAGAAAAAAUCUCACUGAACUAUAAUUGGUAACACCUCAGAGCGUGGUUAGCUAGUUAGUAGUCCUGCGUGGUUUAUAUUUGUUCCUGUUACACAGCGACAAGAAUGCCAACACUGUCACUGUGUUCAGCAUACAACUGCAAAAACCGCAGCCCCAAAGCUGGUGUAGGAUUUUUUAGAUCUACAGACCAUUGCGGUGGCUUCGUUGCCUCUUAUCAAAGAUUCCCCAAAAAUGAUCCUGAAAGACGCAAACAAUGGAUUAUUAAUAUGAAGUGUAAAGGGUGGAAUCCGCAACAAAACCACCGUGUGUGCUCUGUUCACUUUGAAGACAAGUAUAUUUGCGGGAGGGACAUACGUCAACGCCUCACGCCAGACGCAGUCCCGACUAUAUUCGACUAUCCCAAAAACUUUCAAAAUAAGAGUAUUACCUGGGCAGUCAAAGAUGUUUCCCCGAAGGUGGCAUGUGAGAACAUGGAGUUCGAACUUCUACCCCUCAAGCACAUAAUAGAGAUCAAAGAAGCAUGGGAGUGGCUGGUUAUAGACAUCAGAGGGCCGCUACCCUUGACAUUAAACGGACACCAGUACGUUCUGACCUUGACAGACUUCUACUCCAAAUGGGUGGAGGCCUUCCCCCUGAGAGGUUGUAGCUCUACUGAGGUAGCACAGCAUGUAGCUGAAGUCAUCUCUCACUUUGGCUUCCCUUUUGGAAUCCUUGUUCGACUGAAGAAGAACUUUACCAGUAAGAUCAACGUUGCUUUGAAGAGUCGUCUGAAGCUGAGUGGGUUCUCUCUCUUAUACCGUCAUCGGCAAGUUGGAUCACUGGAUCUGGCCACACAGACCCUGAUCAGCAGGAUGGUGUCUGAUCUUGUGAAUGACCAUCCAUACAACUGGGAUGUCUGCCUCCCUGCAAAGGUGUUCAGCCUGUGUUUCAAGGAGCACCCCAAGACCAAGCAGAGACCUUUCUCUCUGCUGUGCUGCAAAGGACCACAGCCGGUCACCACCCCCAGGGAUCUGUCUUUCAGUCCUGCAGAGCUCAGAGAGAGUUCCUUUGCAAUCCAGUCAAAUCAAGAGGGUGGGCAUGACACUGAUCCGCAAGACAUGGUUGGCAUUGAAUCUGGAAAGGAAACAGCUGGAAAGAGCACUGUUACGAGGGUCUCCUUUUUAAGGAGCAACACCGAGAGUAACAACAACACUGACGGUAACACAUAUGGUCACCCGGACAGUCGCACGGACGGUCGCACGGACGGUCGCACGGACGGUAACCCCGACGGUCACCCGGACAGUCACCCCGACGGUCGCACGGACGGUAACCCCGACGGUCGCACGGACGGUAACCCCGACGGUCGCACGGACGGUAACCCCGACGGUCGCACGGACGGUAACCCCGACGGUCGCACGGACGGGUACCCCGCACGGACGGUAACCCCGACGGUCGCACGGACGGUAACCCCGACGGUCGCACGGACGGUAACCCCGACGGUCGCACGGACGGUAACCCCGACAACAACCGUAACACCAACAGUGAGCGAUCCUCUGAAGAACAUCAUGCCAUGGAAAACUGAAUAA